CAUUUACAAUUUACAAAUUUGUAUGCAUGAAGUCAAAUGAUGCAAGCACUGAAAGUGAAAGUGAGGAAAAAAAUGUAGUAUAGACAGAUGAUUUGUCAAGAUUGCAUAAUCAACCAUGCAUGCAGUCAACAGUUGUUCCCGGAGACCGGUCCGGGAUCUUUUCAUAGGGGAUCAAUCUAGGAUUUGUUUAACAAUCCAAUUAUUAAUUAUAAAAGCAGCAUACUCACGCAAGGACCCACACAGAAAAGCAUAAACAAAUAAAUACUGAAGUAAGCUAGCAUCAUUUAAAUGAUUUGUUAGUAAAGGAAUUUAUGUCAAAUUAAAGAGAAAAAUCGUAUUACGUGUAUCACAACUAUAUUUAGCAUAACGUGCAGACACAAUUUUAUAACUCAAUCAAUAAUGUUAUCACACAUUUGGUUAUGAUAAUUAAUUACUCGUAUCGUAUCGAAAGAUAACCCAUUUACGCCGCGAAUUGUAAUUUGCGGUUUUGCAGUUUGAUUAAUGCUUUAAAUAUUUGAAGCAUUUAAUUAUUGUACUUGUGCGACUUAAAUCAACUUUUGUAUUAUGGAUUCACCAGUGGAGAGCAAUCGUGUUUUACUAUAUGGCUGGGACCUAAAGGGGUUCCCAAAACCUGUUUUGAAAGCACUGAAAUUAAUUAGUAAAAUCAACGAUGGGAAGAUACCGAAAUAUUUGAUUCAUGUUGGUGUAGCCGUCUUCCGUAGAUUUUACCAUUUCAACCAAAAAGGUUUACAAAUAGCGUUCGAGAUCCCGAACAAGAAAGUAAAUCUGCUACCUCCGGAAACUAGUUUCGACACUAGAAAAUCGCAUGCCGAGUUCGAAGAUUGGUUCAAUUCUGAAGAAAAUCGAAACAAAUUUAGUUCUGCGAGAUAUCAUCCCGUUCACAACAAUUGUAUUGAUUUUGCUCUCUCGGCUUGUGAAUUUCUGGGGGUCCCCAUGAUUGAUGGAUUUCAUACUGACUUAAACAACUGGAUCAAGGAUCAUGAACACGUCAAGCGUUUGUUUAAAUCAGAAAAAUUCCUUGCAUUCUUUGGUAUUUCGAUUGGAGUGUCUAGGAGAACAUUUGUGGAUUCUACAGACGCGGUUGAUGAAGACGAGGAUGAUGACGACGAGAUUGAUGAAGAUAAAUUAAUUGGCUGGGAAAAACUUUAAUAGCAAUGUUGAUUCUUAUAUUCUGAAAUCAUAUUUAUGAAAGUAUUAUCGAUUUUUACUAAUAACUGACAAGUUUUCGAUGGAAUAAAACGCUUGUUAACUGACA